GAAAAGAAAAUGUCAAAACCUAUUAUUAAUGGGCGAGUGUUAAAAAUCUUUCCAAAUCUCUCACUAAGAUCCCCUACAGCGCGGACCAUCACGUACUACUGCUCCUUCUUCUCUUCACUCUCCAUUCCCAACCAACUCCACCUCCUUCCCCCGCGACUAUCUUCCAUUCGCCGCCAUUACCUCCAGAUCUCGACUCCCUCAAUGUCUUACCGCCCCAACUCUCGAGGUGGCCCCAACUCCCGUGGCGGCCGCAACUCCGGUGGCGGUCGCGGCGGAGGUGCUGGCCGCCGCGGUGGCGGAGGAGGAGGCCGUGGUGGUGGACGAGGAGAACAGAGGUGGUGGGACCCUGUCUGGCGUGCUGAGAAACUGAGGGAAAAAGCUUCGGAGAUGGAAGCUCUUGAUGAAAAUGAAUGGUGGGGUAAGAUAGAGCAAAUGAAAGGAGGAGGAGAACAAGAGUUGAUAAUUAAGCGAAACUUUAGUCGAGCAGACCAGCAAACUCUAGCUGACAUGGCUCAUCAACUUGGGUUUCACUUCCAUGCAUAUAAUAAGGGCAAGGCUCUUGUUGUUAGCAAAGUUCCAUUGCCAGAUUACCGGGCAGAUCUUGAUGACCGUCAUGGCUCUACUCAGAAAGAGAUUAGAAUGACUACAGAAAUUGAAAGGCGAGUUGGAAAUCUGCUGGAUAACUCACAGUCGCGGGUAGGAGUACCUAAAAAUAGCUCUUUAGAAGCAACAGGCUCAACAGCUCAAAGAGGCAUACAAUCUUCCGCUGAUGGAGAUAUGACUCAACUUGUCUCCCCCCUUGAGACUGAUUCUAUCAGGCAAAAACUUAGCCUUGAGCUUAAGGAGAAGCAGGAAAAAAUGAAGACAAGUGACAGCUUAAAAACAAUGCAAUCAUUUCGGGAGAAACUUCCGGCAUUCAAAAUGAAGUCUCAGUUUCUGAAAGCUGUUGCAGAAAAUCAGGUAUUGGUAGUUUCAGGAGAAACAGGUUGUGGCAAAACAACACAACUUCCUCAAUUCAUUCUAGAAGAGGAGAUAUCAUGUCUGCGUGGUGCAGAUUGUAAUAUAGUUUGCACUCAACCUCGCCGUAUAUCUGCUAUUUCUGUUUCUGCUCGUAUAUCCUCGGAAAGAGGAGAAAGUCUUGGUGAAAGUGUUGGCUAUCAGAUCCGGCUUGAAUCUAAGCGUUCAUCCCAAACACGACUCUUAUUUUGCACAACUGGAGUAUUACUUCGCCAAUUGGUCCAGGAUCCACUAUUAACCGGUGUUAGCCACUUGCUUGUUGAUGAAAUCCAUGAAAGAGGCAUGAAUGAGGACUUUUUACUAAUAAUUUUGCGUGAUCUUCUUCCUCGCCGCCCAGAUUUACGUCUUAUUCUAAUGAGUGCAACGAUCAAUGCUGACUUGUUCUCUAACUACUUUGGAAAUGCCCCAACCAUACAUAUACCAGGCUUUACUUUUCCUGUAACCGACUUAUUUCUUGAAGACGUUUUAGAGAAAACUCACUAUAGUAUAAAGUCAGAGUCUGGUAACUUCGAUGGAAAUUCAAGAAGAAGAAGACAAAAAGAUUCCAAGAAGGACCCGUUAACUGAACUAUUUGAGGAAGUUAAUAUUGAUUCUCAAUACAGAACUUAUAGCACAUCUACAAGAAAGUCUCUUGAAGCGUGGUCUGGUUCACAACUUGAUUUGGGUCUGGUAGAAGCAAGUAUUGAACAUAUAUGUCGCCAUGAAGGUCCUGGUGCGAUUCUUGUAUUCCUUACGGGAUGGGAUGACAUUUCUAAGCUACUUGACAAAGUUAAGGGAAACAGAUUCCUUGGAGAUCCAAGCAAAUUUAUGGUUCUUCCCUUACAUGGAUCUAUGCCUACUAUCAAUCAACGGGAAAUAUUUGAUCGUCCACCCCCUAACAAAAGAAAAAUUGUGCUGGCAACAAAUAUUGCUGAGAGCAGUAUCACCAUAGAUGAUGUUGUGUAUGUGAUAGACUGUGGCAAGGCAAAGGAAACUAGUUAUGAUGCUCUUAACAAACUGGCAUGUCUUUUACCUUCGUGGAUUUCAAAAGCUUCAGCACAUCAGAGAAGAGGGCGUGCUGGACGUGUGCAACCCGGGGUUUGUUAUAAAUUGUACCCAAAAAUUAUACACGAUGAAAUGCUUCAGUAUCAGUUGCCUGAAAUUCUCCGAACACCUCUGCAAGAGUUGUGCCUCCAGAUUAAAAGCUUGCAGCUUGGAACUGCUGGAUCAUUUCUUGCAAAGGCACUUCAGCCACCAGAUUCCCUUGCCGUCCAAAAUGCAAUUGAACUUCUUAAAACUAUAGGAGCUUUAGAUGAUAGGGAGGAGCUUACUCCACUUGGUCGCCAUCUUUGCACUCUGCCGUUGGACCCAAACAUUGGGAAGAUGCUAUUGAUGGGGUCUAUCUUUCAAUGCCUGAAUCCUGCCUUAACAAUUGCUGCUGCUCUUGCUCAUCGUGAUCCGUUUGUCAUGCCCAUAGAGAGGAAAGAGGAAGCUGAUGCUGCAAAAAGGUCCUUUGCCGGUGAUUCUUGCAGUGACCACAUAGCACUCCUCAAAGCUUUUGAAGGAUGGAAAGAAGCAAAGCGUAACGGAAAUGAUAGAGCAUUCUGUUGGGAGAACUUUUUAUCUCCGGUAACUUUGCAGAUGAUGGAGGAUAUGAGAAUGCAGUUUCUAGAUCUGUUGGCGGGUAUUGGCUUUGUGGACAAAUCCAGGGGUCCUGCUGCAUACAACCAGUAUGGUCAGGAUUUGGAGAUGGUAUGUGCAAUUCUUUGCGCAGGGAUGUACCCAAAUGUUGUCCAGUGCAAAAGAAGAGGAAAACGGAGUGCGUUUUACACCAAAGAAGUGGGGAAAGUCGAUAUCCACCCUGCAUCUGUCAACGCGGCAGUUCAUCUCUUCCCUCUCCCUUACAUGGUUUACAGUGAGAAAGUGAAAACAACCAGCAUUUUCAUCCGGGACUCAACAAAUAUAUCAGAUUACGCCUUACUCCUGUUUGGCGGUAACCUAAUUCCUAGUAAAACAGGUGAAGGUAUCGAAAUGCUCGACGGUUAUCUCCAUUUCUCUGCAUCAAAGAGUGUUCUAGACUUAAUUCGGAAGUUACGCGGGGAGCUUGACAAGCUUCUAAACAGGAAGAUCGAAGAACCGGGGUUUGACAUCUCCAGAGAGGGAAAGGGAGUAGUCACAGCUGCAGUAGAGUUAUUGCACAGUCAUAACAUAAGAUAUUAAAUGUUUAUUUAUUUAUUUUGGUUCUUGUGGCUCAGCAGUCUUUUAGGAACUCUCUACUUUGUUUCCUUUAUAUUCUGUCAUUUUUAGUCCCCUCCUAGUAAUAAGUGCAUUUUUUGAAUAAUAAUUUACAGUUAAAUUUUCGGCUUUAGGUGUGUAAUUUAGUUGGUGUAAGUGCAGAAAAAGAGAUUUUUUUAAUACAUAUCUGGGUGAUGCAAUUUCACCUUAGAAGCC